AUGUAUAAGAUCUUCCUUCUCGCCGCCGUGGUCGCGACGGUCGCUGCGCGGCCGCAACAAGGUCACGACCAACACCACGGUCACGGUCACGCCAUCUCCUCACAGAGCAUCGUACUGCACCACACUCACGAGACCAAACACCCUGUACACCAUGUAGAGCACCACGAGGAACAAGGCAAGCAGAACGAACAGAACCACCACGAUGAACACCACCACGGGGAACACCAUCAGGAGGAACACCACGGCCACGCCUCCUCCUCACAGAGCAUCAAGCAGCACCACGGACAUGGCACCGAGAAGCACGUCGUCUACUAUUCUCACCCUAAAUACGAGUUCGCCUACAAAGUGGAGGACCCUCACACCGGUGACAAGAAGUCCCAGCAUGAGGCUCGUGAUGGUGACGUCGUGAAGGGCGUGUACAGUCUGCACCAGCCUGAUGGCACUAUCAGGAUCGUGGAGUACCACGCUGACAAGAAGACUGGAUUCAACGCCAACGUUAAGUUCGUGGGUCACGCCAAGCACAUCGUUCCUGAACACCACCACCACCACUGAUUCUGAUCUCAAUUGUUAGACGACCUCAUUGUUGAACCUUAUGUCUAAGUCAUUAUUUGUUGUCGCAAGAGUUUUGUUAUAAAUGUAA